CCGGUCGGCUAUCUCGCGUGCGUGUUUUGUCACUCCUGGGAAAAUGGCAACACAUCUAAAAGAUAAAGAGGCUUAUCAGCGUCUUAACUUUCUGUAUCAGGCAGCGCACUGUGUAUUAAGCCAAAACCCCGAGAAUGUGGAGCUGGCUCGGUUUUACUGUUUCACCCAGAAGACCAUUGCAAGACGCCUUGUUUUGAGACAAGAUCCUUCAGUGAAGAGAACAAUAUGUAAAAAGUGCUGUUCAUUAUUAAUCCCUGGUGUAACAGCAACAGUUCGACAAAGAAGAAAAAAUGGCAAGAGUCGAUUCACUGUGGUCCGAUGUCUCAGUUGUGGGCAAAGUAAAACAUUUCUGAAUAACCCGGACUACUGUUUGUGGUCCGACCGUCCUGAGGCUCAACAAGAGCAACAGAAGCAGUCAGCUCAAGCCUCAUCCUCCAAAAACCAGCAGAAAGAGUCAAAGCCCCAGGAGUCAACUUCCAAAUCUCAUCCUGCCGGCCAAUAGAUCCUUGGCAAUUUUGUGUGAAGCGGACUGUCCUUUUUAUGCCCUGAUUUCAACAGUGUUUUGCUUCCGUAAUUAUUACUGACACUUUUUUUUAACUUAUUUAUUUUAGAUUCAACCUUUUGAUGAGACUAAUAAACACAUUUGGUCAUGAUUAGUGU